CAGGCUACAGGGUAAGCUAAGUUCUUACACAACGGCAUCACAUGUAAGCAUGCCUAAGCGACAAGCAAAUAAUGCCCUUGAACUGCCAUUGCCGCCGCUCUGACAACGACGAAUACUUGGCCCCUCUUCUCAACGUUACGUCCCAACCAUGUCUGAGACAAAUAGCUUCUCCAUCGCCAUUGUCGGCGGCGGUCUCGGCGGCCUGUUCGCAGCCUUGUGUAUCCACCACCACUGCGCCUCGUCGUCCAUUUCCAAGCCUAUCAAAAUCGACGUCUACGAGCAGGCGGCAGAGUACAAGGAGAUUGGCGCCGGCAUAGCCGUGGGCAUCAGCGCCGUCCGGCUCGUCGACGAGCUCGGCCUGCUCGACGACAUCUACGCCAUCGCCGGCACCAGGCCCGGCAGCAAUGCAACGCUCGUCUACCGGCGCUUCGACAGCGGAGACGAGAUUUUUCGAAUGCCCGUGCCGAAACCCGGGGACAUGCAGGUUGCCGCUUGUGCGCGGACGGGGCUGCUUGACCUCUUCAAGACGGCGGUAGAGCGGAGAGGCGCGGCGACGCUGCAUACUCGAAAGGCAUGCCAGAGAGUCGAGGACGAUGGCGAGCACAUCACGCUCAGCUUUGCGGAUGGCACGACCGCCCUUGCCGAUCUGGUCAUUGCGUGUGAUGGCAUCCACUCGGCCAUUCGCGACCAGUUCGUCGCCGACCCAGCCGUGUACUCUGGGCAAGUGGCCUACCGCGAUGUCAUCCCCCGGGCUUCGCUAGGGGCACUGCCGGACAACGGAGCCACCAUGUGGCUUGCGAAGCACAAACAUCUCCUCGUGUAUCCGAUUUCGCGCGGCGAGGAGUUCAACUUCGUCGCCUUCAUCGACCAGCCGGAGCGCGAGGCGCGGGACGUGCGCGAGAGCUGGGUGACGACUUGCGAGCGGGCGGAAGUGCAGGCGGCGUUCGCGGAGCAUGAGGAGGGCGCGCAGGCUAUCCUUCGCGCUCUGAGUGAUCGGCCGGCCAAGUGGCGGAUUAAUGACCGCGAACCCUUGGACCAGUGGCACUUUAUGGGCGGCAAAGUGAUGCUGCUGGGCGACGCGGCUCACGCCAUGUUGCCUCACUUGGGCGCCGGGUGCUCGCAGUCGAUGGAAGACGGAUGGGUCCUAGGCCGUGCACUGUCCGACCACUUUCGCGGCGGAACGUCGUCACGUCUUCCCACGCUCGAGGCAGUUGCAAGCCUGUAUCAGGCGGCGCGCCUCCCCCGGGCACAGAAAACGCAGACGGCCAGUCGGGCCGUUGGAAAGGUGUACGGGUUUCAAGCGGAAGACCUGGUCGACUUGCCGUUUGAUGAUUGCUGUCCGCUCAUUGCUGGCCGGGUGCGGGAGGCUAUGAUGUCGAGUUGGUACGGGGAUGUGGAUGUGGGGUAUGAGAAUGAGCGGGCGAAGAGGACCUCCAACUGAUGAAGAGGUGGCAUGUGAUUAGCCGUUGCAGCAAUGGAGACCAACACAA